UGUCGUCGUCCUCCUCCUCCUCCUCCUCGGCGGCGUUGGCCCGGGCCGGGGGCCGGGGGCCCGGGGCAGAAACCCCAGCCAUGGCUUUCCAAGGCAAGAAGAGCAUUCCCAGGAUCACGAGCGACCGACUUCUGAUCAAAGGAGGGAAGAUAGUGAACGAUGAUCAGUCCUUCUAUGCUGACAUAUACGUGGAAGAUGGCUUAAUAAAACAGAUCGGGGAGAACCUCAUCGUGCCCGGAGGCAUCAAGACCCUGGAGGCCGGCGGCCUGCCGGUCAUACCUGGAGGAAUCGAUGUCCACACACGCUUACAGAUGCCCGUCAUGGGCAUGACGUCGCCUGAUGACUUCUACCAAGGCACCAAGGCUGCCCUGGCCGGAGGCACGACCACCAUCUUGGAGCACGUGUUUCCGGACGCCGGGGUGAGCCUGCUGACUGCGUAUGACCAGUGGAGAGAACAGGCCAACAGCAAAGCCUGCUGCGAUUACUCCUUGCACGUGGACAUCACGCGGUGGCAUGAGAGCAUCAAAGAAGAAUUGGAGGCGUUAGUGAAAGAUAAAGGUGUGAAUUCAUUUCUCGUUUUUAUGUCCUAUAAAGACCAACACCAGUGUACGGAUGGCCAGAUGUAUGAGAUCUUCUGCAUCAUCCGAGACCUGGGAGCUAUCGCUCAAGUCCACGCGGAGAACGGAGACAUCAUCGAUGAGGAGCAGAAGAAGUUGUUGGAGCUGGGGAUCACAGGCCCGGAAGGUCACGUCCUCAGUCAUCCAGAGGAGGUCGAGGCCGAGGCAGUGUUCCGAGCAAUCACCAUAGCCAAGCAAGCCAACUGUCCCUUGUAUGUCACCAAAGUGAUGAGCAAAGAAGCAGCAGAUGUGAUCGCACAAGCCAAGCGCAGAGGUACCGUGGUGUUCGGCGAACCCAUCACCGCCAGCCUUGGCACAGAUGGGUCUCACUACUGGAAUAAAAACUGGGCCAGAGCUGCAGCCUUGGUCACCUCUCCACCCAUCAGUCCGGACCCGUCCACCCCAGACCACCUCACCUCCCUCCUGUCCUGCGGUGAUCUCCAAGUGUCUGGAAGUGCCCAUUGCACAUUCACCACAGCCCAGAAAGCCGUCGGGAAGGACAACUUCACCCUGAUCCCAGAGGGGACAAAUGGGAUCGAAGAGAGGAUGUCGAUAAUAUGGGAUAAAUGUGUGGCCUCAGGGAAAAUGGACGAGAAUGACUUUGUUGCCGUGACCAGUACGAAUGCAGCCAAGAUCUUCAAUUUCUACCCGAGGAAGGGCCGGAUAGCAGUGGGGUCCGAUGCCGAUCUGGUUAUAUGGAACCCAAAAGUCACAAAAAUCAUCACUGCCAAAAGCCACAGUCUGAACGUGGAGUACAAUAUUUUCGAGGGGCUGGAGUGUCGGGGGGCCCCCACCGCCGUCAUAAGUCAGGGAAAAGUGGUUCUGGAGGACGGGAAUCUCUCCGUCACCCCCGGCUCCGGACGCUUCAUCCCCAGGAAAACGUUCCCGGACUUUGUUUACAAAAGGAUAAAGGCAAGGAACAGGCUGGCAGAGAUGCAAGGCGUGCCCCGGGGCCUCUACGACGGCCCACCGCUCCAUGAGGUGACCACCCCUGGCACCUGGGCCUCGGCUCCCGGGGCCGGAGCCACCCCCGGAACCGCCACCGGGAUGGCCAAGUCGUCGUCGGCGUCGGCAGCGUCAGCCGGGGCAGGUGGCCCCUCGGCGCGGAUGGUGGCCUCCUGCCCCGGGAAGGGCUUCCUUGCGCCCAUCCGCAACCUGCACCAGUCGGGAUUCAGCCUGUCCGGCUCCCAGGCUGAUGACCACAUCGCUCGACGCACUGCUCAAAAGAUCAUUGCUCCUCCCGGAGGACGAUCCAAUAUCACAUCUCUGUCCUAGUAAUUCCCAUAAUUCCCGUCCAUGGCCAAUGGAAGCGCGUGCUGGGCCCCGUUGGUUUGUCGGAGCGGCUGGAUUUGACUUUUCUUUGUUGUCAUUUAAUGGAUUUCUAUAAUAGAAAGUGCUCCUCCUUGCCUAAAUUUAGCCAGGACACCCCAUUUCUGCCCAGCAGUGGCCAAAACCGGGCUGUGGGCAUCCCUCCCCAAAGAGGGCGGUUAUGGGUAUUCAAACACCGUCCUAGCAAGGAGUUAGGUGGAGUGGGAAUUUCAGAAAAUACCCCUCACAGCUCAGCUUGAAAUAAAGAGCCCUCCAGUGCCCACAAACUCCGACUCCAGGCCAUAAGGAAGCAACCUUGCUCAUCACACUCGAGGUUCGGGGCCUUUAGAGAGUCUGGAAAAUUGGUUGUAAGUGCAGCAUGCGUGAGGGCAGAGGUACUUUGGAUUUGCUGCCUGUAACCUCCAUCCAGCCAAAUAUCAACACCCUGAAUAAUAAUCACUGCCAUUUAUAGGUGAAGGGAUUUUUGCUGGUAAAAUCCUCCCACGAGAUUUUUUAACGCAGCUGCCUUGACGGUGGUCAGUUCUCCAUGGUCACUCAUUCUCUCUCUGCAGAUCCACGUAAGACAUCAAACACAUACUGGAAACACAUGCCCACUGCCGAUUUUUACCAUUGUGAACACAUGCCUGUUAGAGCAAUCAGAUCUAUCCCCACGGAAAUGAGUGUACAUACAUCACUCCAGUGGCGGUCUAAACGCAUGAAGGCAUCUAAAUUUUUAACAGUUGUAUUUCAGGGAUCUGGAAAUCAAAAUACUAGGUAUUAGGCUUUUGUUAGGAUAUUUUUUAAACGAAAAUUUAUUUCUAUGGUUUUCCAAAAAUUAAGCCUAAGCUUUCUUGUACUCCCCGCUCUGGGGAAACUUUGAAAUUGAUGAGAUGAGAUUUUUUUACAAAAUCCUUUUGAGCAGGUUUAUUUUCACCCUUUGGAGGGAAAGGCGGUUUUAUAUUGGUCCAUAAAAGUAGGUGCGUGACAAGAAAGGUACAAGAGGUUAUUUUGGUUUAGUUCAUGUUGGACACGAAGAAAAGCUAAAAAUAAAACCUUCUAUUUCUUUGUCCCUUU